UUUCAUGCUCAGAAAGAUGCCUACCUUAUUUGAAUUGUUUGGCUUCGUUCUUCUGGUGAUUGAAACCCUCACAGGAAUGGUGGGAAAUGGAUUCAUUGCUAUCAUCAACUGCAUUGACUGGUUUAGAAGCCGAAAACUAUCCCCGGCUGACAUGAUCCUGAGUUGUCUUAGCUUGUUCAGAUUUGCAUUUCAUGCCGUUACGAUACAGGUUGCAAUAUUCAAGCUCUUUUUCGUGGACCCUUUUCUGAUGCUGAAGAUAAACAUUGCAUAUGAUUCCUCAUGGCUAUUUCUUAAUACAUCUAGGCUUUGGUUUGCCGCUUGGCUCAGUGUCUUGUACUGUGUAAAAAUUGCUAACUUCUCCCACCCUGUAUUCCUGCAAAUGAAGCGGAAAUUCCCUGGGUUGGUGCCUUGGCUGCUUCUGGGGACUGUGGUCUUCUCUGCAAUCACCACCACUGUGGCAAUAACAGGCAGUAUCAUUGUGUCUAAAUGUAAUCCUUUUGAAUCACAUCUAAACAAUAGCAGUGACUCAGGAAUCAACACAUCCAAUUCCUGCACAAAAAUCUUCUACGAAACAGUGCGAGCGAUGCCAGCAGAGAAGUUCACCUGA